AAUCAUGUGCAGGUCUUAUGAUGCUGCGGAAGUAUCUCUGUCUGGUUGUCACAGGGAACAGGCACUUCAUGACAUCUGCAAGAUUUGUCCUGCUUUGACUUGACUAUGGAAUGGGAAAGGGAACUAAGGCGCAGCCAGUCAUUGAGGAGUCUCUCCUCACAAUCUGGCAAGGAGAUCUGGACAGAUGCAGGACUUCAGGACAGGACGAUAUCUGUGUCCCAUUUAGUGGCCAGGUAUCAAAAUACAGUGAAAAAAGGUACAUUCAGUCAAGCUGCUCCAGAGGAUCAUUUUCAAAGAAAGACAAAGAAAGCACCAAAGGAGAUGACUCCAUCUCUCCUGCAAAGUAGGGAGACUGAUCUGGAGUCUCUGCUAAAGAGAAAUGAAGAGCGGGAACGAGCUUGGGCCAGAGCCACUCUGACCCGUAGUAAAUCAGUGGGUAGCCUUCAAAACAGCACUGGGUCCAUAGAGACCCUGAAGGCUCUUUUUGAGUCAAAGGCAACAGCACCUGUGAAAUCAAAGAGCGGCUUUAGACCUGGAAAUGUAGCAUUAAGUUACACUGCAGACAUGUCAGUGAUGAAUGGAGAAGAUGUGAAUGUGCAGAGUGCUGCAGAGGAGCAGAUAAAACCUGCUAAAAAGGAGCCAAAAGAUGAUUAUCUGACUCAAAAGGUGGUGAAUCAGACUCAGACAGAGAGGAGAAAAACAAUAGCAGCCAUUGAUUUUGAAAAGGUUGCAUCAUCUGAGGCUGAUGAAAGGAGGUGGUCAGCUGCAAACUUCAGGGACAGCUCUUUCAUCCAAAUCGAAGAGAUACUCUCUGUCUCGGUCAAAGCAAUGUCUGCUCUCUAUAUGUCAAAAGUGGAAAAUCAGGAAGCGGCAAACAGUCCUUCUAAAGUGGGAAAGGAACAGGCUCAACCACGAGAUUCUGGAAAGUGGGGAAAACUAACCAAGAUGAAUGAAGUCUCCCAACACAGAAAAGAUGUCCUCCCAUCACAACCACCAGAAGAGCAUCAAACAGGACUGGAAGACAUUUCUGUUGCACAAGCUGAACAGUUAACUUCAUCUCAACUUUCCAGGGAAAUGUUAUACCAACAGCGACAGAAAAGCGAGCUGAGGCGGCUCCUGAAGCAUACCUGCCCAGAGCUAAAAAUGCUGGAUGAUGUUGUGGAUGAGGAGUUUGCUGAAGUUUUGGGCUCCGAUAUGGAGCCUGGUGGUGAAACCGGAUACGAGGGAGAGGUUCUUUCAAGAUGCUUGAUAUUUGAAAAACGUGGCCACAGCAACAACACCCCAAAUAUCUAUAUGGCAGAGGGAGCAGUGGAAAGAUGGGAUUAUAGUAAAACAUCCGCUGUUUUUGAAGGGCUUAAAGAGGAACCUUACACUAAGAGUUUUGAAGGGAUGAUGAAAAGUGAUAAAUCUCCUUAUUUAAUGUCAGAUUUUAACAGAGAGGUUGAGGAAGAUAUGGUAAAAAUAGAUGUUAAGGGGAACAGAGAGGUAUUUGAGACUUACACUUCUCGUAGUGAAGCAUUUCCCAAUCACAAUCCUCCACUGGAGGAAGAUUCAUGUUUCUCUGAUUCAGAAAGAAAAGGUGAAAUGAUAAAUACAAAUGCGGCUUUUUUGCAAAAUAACCCUUUCAUUUCCACAAACAUUGAAAAAGAGAAAUCAUACAGCCAUGUUUUAAAAAAUCAGAAUCAAAGCAGUGUUGCAGGUGAAAACUAUCCAACUGCCAACGUAAAGAACAGAGCACAUCUGUUUGAAUCUAUGCCGUUUGACAAAAUUAGACAUCAGAAUCAAGAUGAAAUUGAGACGCUGGUGGAAAAUAUUAAAGAAACUUUACAUUUUCUUCAUCGUGUAAAAGCCAUACACUCAGAUGGGGCAAUUAUUGAGGUAAACGAGACAAUGAUCGCCAAAAAGACAAAAUUUACAGUAUUGGAUGGGGGACCUGAGAUAAAACAUGAUGAGGUGGCCGAAGGUGGUGCACAAAACUUUAUAGUCCAGCUGCUACCACGGGUAAACCUAAAACCUCAUAUUACGUACCUAAAGGAGGAUAGUAAAGGGUUUAUGGAGACCACAGUGGUUGAUGCACUGGCUCACCAGCAUCGAUUCAGUGCAAACAAAGACACUGAGUUAAAAACUGCCAGUGUAGUUCAGAUGAUUGAGGAUAUUCUCAAUCAGGACAACUCUCUGAGAAAAGGACUGAUCAUUCAAGAAGAUUCCAGAAAAUGUGCAGAGGUAAUCGUUUAUUCCCUCUACAAGUACGUUGAUGAAGACGAUGUGAAGAGUUACAGCCCUCCGAAAAGUGCAGAGCAUGAUGAACCUGAGGCAGAUACAGGAUCAACAUCAAGGAGCCUUCAAAACCAGUCUGAGUCAGGGUCAAUCAGGGGUAAUGUGAAAUUGUUCAAAAGUUGUAUUGAAAAGGGUGACUUGGAGUAUUUAAGAUCUCUUCAUGAUGACGAACCCACCAUUCAUAAGAGUGAAAAAAAUCAAACAGCUUUCAGAGUGAAUGAUGAACCUCACCAUCAGCAAAUAAGUAAUCCAGCUGAAGAGUGUACCCAAGUGGAUGUAAAAAGACUAAAAGGCAUGUUCUCUGGAGGUAAAAGUCCUGAUCAUGGUAACUGUUUCAAAUCUUCUGCAAUGUCAUCUGGAAAAAGUCAAUCUUCUAUAGGAUGCAAUAAUGGAGUAUUCUUACUUCCACAACCUAAGAAUAGUUUUAUCACAUGUUUUGGUCAAGAUCCUAAAGAAGUUGUAGUUAAUUCUGAGAGUCAAACUGAUAACAGGGUUCACCAAGCUAAGAUAGCAGACUUUGUGGAUGGAACUGGUGAGAUGUCUGAAACUAAAACUACAACUCAAAAUCUUUACCAGGCUGAAAAUGAUGCCAAAACCUUAUGUGGGUCUUUUGAAGAAAUCCAUACAGAAGAAUUGUCUAAAAUACCCAUUGUCUAUGUCACUGCAGAUAUUGUCACACUGUCAAGAACAGAAGAAGAAUCACCUCAAGAAAACACAAACCCAAAAGUGGAAUCACACUUAGAAAAAACGAAUCAACCUUUAUUAGCCCAAGAAUUUAUCUCAGGACUUGAAUCAGACUGGCAACACAAAAACACAGAAACGGCCUAUGAAGAUGUUAUGAAGAAAGUACAAACUGCUGAGACCUGCAAAAAAAUAAGUAAAGAAACUACAGAAUUAGUUCAAAAAGACAACAUUAAAGCUACCUUGGUCCCUACCCAAAGUUUAGAGGCAACACUUGCACAAGAAGAAGAGGAAGUUUGUUAUCAGGGUACAGUCCAAACAGCCUUGGAUUCCUUGCAGAAGUCCAAAAUCAAUGUCACUAGAGGUGACUUUAGAGCAGCUAUGAUAUACAGGCAGAUUCACAAAUCUAAUCAGAAAACAUCACAAAGGGAUUUUCAAAAGCAUUGUACUACAGAUCUUUGCUUUAUGGCUAAGCCUAAAUCAAACCAAGAACGAAAGCAAGAAGUGACUUUGGCAAAUGCAGAGCCUCCACACCCGUUUCAAGAACCGCUAAACCUAGAAGUGACUGUGAUAAAUGCAAAUACUCCACAUCAAACUGAAGAACCACUAAAACUAGAAGGGACUGUGGCAAAUGCGGAGCCUCCACACCCAACUGAAGAACCACUAAACCUAGAACUGACUGUGGCAAAUGCAGAGCCUCCACACCGAUCUCAAGAACUGCUACACCUAGAAGGGACUGUGGCAAAUGCGGAGCCUCCACACCCAACUGAAGAACCACAAAACCUAGAAGGGACUGGGGCAAAUGUGAAGACUCCACAACCAUCUCAAGAACUGUUAAACCUAGAACUGACUGUAGCAAAUGCGGAGCCUCCACACCCAACUGAAGAACCACUAAACCUAGAACUGAUUGUGGCAAAUGCAGAGCCUCCACACCGAUCUCAAGAACUGCUACACCUAGAAGGGACUGUGGCAAAUGCGGAGCCUCCACACCGAUCUCAAGAACUGCUACACCUAGAAGGGACUGUGGCAAAUGCGGAGCCUCCACACCCAACUGAAGAACCACAAAACCUAGAAGGGACUGGGGCAAAUGUGAAGACUCCACAACCAUCUCAAGAACUGUUAAACCUAGAACUGACUGUAGCAAAUGCGGAGCCUCCACACCCAACUGAAGAACCACUAAACCUAGAAGGGACUGGGGCAAAUGUGAAGACACCACAACCAUCUCAAGAACAGUUAAACCUAGAACUGACUGUGGCACAUGCAGAGCCUCCACACCCAUUUCAAGAACCACUAAACCUAGAAGGGACUGUGGCAGAUAUUGAGCCUGCACACCCUUCUGAAGAACCAUUAAAUCUUGAAGUGACUGCUGCAAAGGCUCAGCCUCCACACCCAAACAAAAACCAUUGUAUGCCUACUCAAUAUGUUAUGUCAAAGAAAAGCAAAAGGGUCACUGGCCCUAGACCACCAAUUCCACCUAAAUCUGAACAUUUAAUGGGGAAACAAAUAGUAAAUCAGCCAUCUGCCACUAGGCAUCCAGAGGGACAUAAAAUCAGUAAUGUGCAAACAGUUUGCCAGGUUGCCCAGCCUUCAGCAACAGCAUUGGUUUUAAAUCAAGAAGGAUUUAUCAAUGAGCCAGUGGAUCAGCAUGGAAAUGACCAUUUAGGUGAAGCUACUAAGAUGUUGCAACAAAUAAAAGAAAAGUCUGAAGUUCAAAGUUUGACCUUGCUCCCAGAGAGUAAGGAAACAGAUGUAAAAAAUCUAAACGAAACUAUGGGAAAGAAGGAGAUCUCUCAGAACACAUCAGGAAAUUACAAUGUAUACGAAACCGAUGAAACCCAUAUAAAUUUCCAUGAAGCCCGCCAGACAUUUGGUGGUAAAAUGCAGUCAUCAAAAAAAACUGCCCCAGUAAAGCCAAAAAGAGUAAAAAAAAUUCAGGCUAGUCACAAAACCCAGAAAGACAUUACAGAAGGAGACACUACAGAUGACAUUGUCCACAUUAAGGCCGAUCCAUUAUCUGACGCCUGUGGAAUAGCUGCUGACAGUGCAGACAAACAUUACAAGGACACAAAGGAAGAAAUCAAAGUUAGGAUGAGGAAAAAGAAAGCAAGAAUGGAAACAGAGGAUGAACGCAGACAGCGACUGUCCAUACACAUGGAUAAGAUUGUGAGAGGGAAUGUAACUGCGGCCAUAAAAAUCUCUGAACACUUGAGAAAGCAAGAAGAACUGCAAAGCAUUCUGAGUCGUGUAGAAGAAAUUGAAAACGACACGAGUGAGGUUGAUGUGAGGUCUCUCAGGAGGGUAUUUGAAAACGUCCCUGACUGGGUCGUCAGCACAGACAAAAAGAGAAAAAAGACGGUCCAAGUAGAAAGCAAAGACAAACCAAUGCAAUCACCAGCAGACAUAACAAAAAGCAAGUCAUCAAUGGAGCAUGUUUAUGGAGAUCUUGAGCGUGCAAGUGAGGAAAUAAUAAAUCUAAAAGAGCAGACUUUAGCCAGACUUAAGGAUAUAGAGGACACCAUUAAGAAGGCACUUUUUUCUGUGUCUACAUUAAAAUCUGACUCGGAUAUUGCAAGUUUAUCAAAUCUGAUCAAAGAAUCCCUGGGGGUCGUGCAAGGAUCUUCAUAUUCUGGAGAUAUCAACAAAACUGAAUUAAGCAGAGCCAAACCACAAGAACCACAGGAAAGUCCUCUUCCACAAAGAAGCACUUCCACAGGGGCUGCACCAUCUCCUGGCACAGAUGCGUUUUCAACAAAGCAACGGCAAAGUCCUGAAUCUUCCCCUGCAUUCAUCUCUAUUCAGUCAGUAGCUCAACAAAAUUGAGAGCUAACUGCUCCAGGUGCACACUGACAGUGAAGGAAACUGUAUUGGAGGGACAACAGUCGAAAAUUAUUAGAGGAUUGAUAACUCUGGUACAACUCCGGUCUUUCCAUCCACAACCUCCCAACCCAGUAACAUAUCAGCUAUCAACAUGUCCAGAGGUUCAGCAGUUAGUAAAUCAGGUCAAUGAUUUGGGUAUCUGAAUAGAUAAGUUUGACUUUCAUGUUUUCACUACAUAUUCAUUAUCCACAAAGUGAUUAUUUGAGUGGUAUUUAUAUUGAUCAUUUAUGAGUUUAUUAUAUUUCUUUGGUUUUGAUGUUUUUAAUCAUUAUUGUUGCUACUUCAACAUUGAGCUCUUUGAAUUUAUUGUUCUAAUUGCAUUUAAAUUUUAGAACUUUUGAAAUUUCAGCAACUUUGGAAUAAAUUCUUUGUGUGAAAAUGA